UUCAGGUUAGGUUGCGAAGACGGCGGUGGCGGUGGCAGUUGGACGGUGAUGGCAGAGGGGAGGCUUCGGCUUAUUUUUUAAUUUUAGUGUUUUUUUGAGAAAUCAAAGAAGCCGCUGAUUAUUGUUGACCGCGCGAUGUCGGCUUCGGGAGCGCUGUUCCCCAGCCUGGUGGCCGGGAGUCGGGGCUCCUCCAGUAAAUAUCUGGUGGAGUUCCGAGCCGGCAAGAUGUCCCUGAAAGGCUCGACGGUGACUCCGGACAAGCGCAAGGGGCAGGUUUACAUCCAGCAGACUGACGACUCCCUCAUUCAUUUCUGCUGGAAGGACCGCACCGCCGGCACUGUGGAGGAUGACCUGAUCAUUUUCCCUGAUGACUGUGAGUUUAAGCGAGUGGCCCAGUGUACUACAGGACGAGUGUUUGUGCUGAAAUUCAAAGCAGGUUCGAAACGGCUUUUCUUUUGGAUGCAGGAGCCCAAAUCUGAUAAAGAUGAAGAGUUCUGCCGUAAAGUCAAUGAAUAUCUGAACAACCCACCAAUGCCUGGUGCUUUGGGUGGUGGUGGCAGCAGUGGAGGUCAUGAGCUAGCUGCACUUGGAGGAGAAAGUGGAUUGCAGAGUCUUUUGGGUAACAUGAGUCAUAACCAGCUCAUGCAGCUGAUGGGAGCAACCGGUUUAGGUGGACUUGGAAGUCUGGGUGCGCUCGCAGGGCCAGCUGGUCUCGCUGGCUUACUUGGCAGUGGAGGCCCUACGGCUGCUGGUAGUUCUUCAGGCUCACGAAGCCAGUCUGCAGCUGUUACUCCAUCCUCCACGACCUCAGCAGUUCGCAUGACUUCAGUGCCUUCUGUUGCCGCAGCAACAACGCCAGUACCUGCUCCCACAGUAGCAUCCACGGCAGUGCCGGCGGCGGCAGCAGCAGCAGGUCUAACGACACCAGCAACAUCAAGUACAAGUUCUACAUCUGCAUCUGGAUCUCCAUCUGUUACAGCAUCUGGGUCUGCAACAAGCCCAACUCAGCCCAUUCAGCUCCGUGACUUGCAGAGUAUCUUGGCUAGCAUGACUGUUCCUGCCGCAGCUGAAGGAACUGGACAGCAGGCAGUGGAUUUAUCCAGUGUGUUGACACCGGAGAUCAUGGCUCCUAUUCUGGCGAAUUCAGAGGUUCAAGAACGAUUAUUACCAUACCUUCCAACAGGAGAGUCACUGCCUCAGCCUGCAGAAGAAAUUCAGAAUACGUUAACGUCUCCUCAGUUUCAACAGGCCAUGAGCAUGUUCAGUGCAGCACUGGCCUCAGGACAAUUGGGCCCAUUAAUGAGCCAGUUUGGUUUGCCAGCAGAGGCUGUGGAAGCAGCUGGAAAGGGGGAUGUGGAAGGAUUUGCCAAAGCAAUGCAACACAGUUCUGCCUCCUCAAAGACAAAACUCGAUGACAAGGAAGGAGACAGUGAAUCAAAAGACAAAAAGGAUGAAGAGGAGGAUAUGAGUUUGGACUGAAACUAUUCACCUAUGUUUUUCUUGAAAUCAUUUAUAAAGAUGUUGAAGUAAUGAUAGUGCACUCAGUUUAAAGAUUAGUGAAAUUGUGCAUUUGCCUUCUAUUAACCUGGAUACUAAGCAAUAUUAAAGCAUUUUAGAGCAAGA